UUACUGGGCCGGCGAGGCCGGGAGAGAGGGAGAGAGGGCAAGAGGGCGGGAGGGCGAGAGGGAGGGGUGGCGAGGCUGCUGCGGGUAGGGAGCAGACUUCUCAUGCUGGGUCGCGGCAGCUGACGCAGGGGGUUCGCCUUUCCCUGGUCCCUCUUGAGACUCCUUGACACGUCCGUUCUGGCCUGACGGUGGAGAGGCGGCGCCCUCUGCCAUUGCCUAGAGAACACAGCACAGCGCAGCACAGCACAGCACAGCAGAGAGCCUCAAGUGUUGUGUAACUGGAUUGAUGUGCGCAUGAUGUAGACACGUACCUUCUCCAAAUCGUCUUCGUACUUGUUGAUCAUUAUCUUCAUAUCCCUCCCCUCCACCAUCCCCUGGACCGACUCCAGGAAGGCCUUGUACUCCUGCAGUGAGUGAGCAGGCAAAAAUACUGUUAAUGGUCUGCCUGCCAGUGUGCCGGUGUGCCUCCCGUCCCUUGCUCACCGCAGGGUGCUCGCGCGACAUGCGCAGGAACUUCAGCACUUGGGCCUCCCUGGAGUCGGCGUUGACGUCGGGGACGUCAAUCCCUCUAGACAUGAGGGUCUGCCUCAUGGCACUGCAUACAUGCAUACAGGCAGGCAGGCAGGUUGGUGUUGUGUUGUGUUGUAUUGUGUUGUGUUGUGUUGUAUUGUGUUGUGUGUGUGUGCGUGGUAUGCAUGCCAUUGUGGCGUUGAGGAACGGUUUGGCCGCACCCUUGGGCGGCUUCUUGCCCUUGUUGUCUGCACACAUGGAUCCAUCGAUAGAAUCCAUGUCAUGUAUGCAUCCACGCAUGCGAGUCUAUCCACGCAUACCUACCGUUGAUGGCGUCGAUGUUGAUACGGCUGAAGCGAAAACGACGGCUGCCGUGCGCCUGGGACUGCGAUGCGCUCGAAGAGACACCAACGCUAACCUGACCAGAACAGACCAAGCCGCGGCAGUUGUAUGGAGGAAUGUGGCACUCACAACUGGACGUGUGAAUCUGCGUGCCUCUUGCUGACCUCAGGCACUGCACACUCGGGCGAAGCACCAUCGGAAUCGCAAUCGUUGAUGUCUGGCGUGUGUGAUGGGCGUGGCGGUGUGUGUACUUACCGUUAGGUACGGUGGACUGAGCGGCAGCUGCUGGUGCAUCAAUCCACCCAGUGCAACCACACACACACAACACACAUGCAUAGACCAGGAUGUCUGCCCGUGUCUAUUCGCUCGUCGAUGAGUAGCCACUUACGCGUGGCCUGGUCCACGUCCACACUGCCCGACGUCUGGGGUACCUGCAAAAAAAACAAAACAUACACACACACAACACGUGUUUCCUCGUGUGUGUGUGCAUCUUCCCCCGUUCACCUCUUCAGUAUUCUCCUGCUGGUUGCUGUGAGGCUCCUGUUCGUACUCCGGGUUGGCCUGGUGAGCAUCUGAGGCGUCCUGCGUGUACUGGUCAGUGGCGGCCGGAACGUUCCUGCCCAUGUUGCCCGCAUCGACGUUGGUGAGGAAACUCAUCUGCAAGAGCAUGAAGCCAUCCAUGCAGCAUGCUCUUCCCGACGUGCGUUGUUGCUGGCUUAUGGCUUACGUUGGGGAGCGAGCGGGACUUGGCCAGCAUGGUUGUGGUGGACGCCAUCUCUAUCGUCACGAACGGCCCGCGCUGAGCAGCAACGAAGACAUGCAGCCAGAGAGACAUGACGUCCCGCUUUCUCUCCUCCACCCUCCACCCUCCUCCCUCCCCCACCCGCCCUUCCUACCAUCUCCUGAGCAGACUUGAUGAGGAACUCGCUAGCCUCGUCCUCAGCUCGCUACCCUCGCGGGUCCGCCGAGCCGCUCGACAAGUGGCCUUUGGGGCCUCCCUGCUACUGAAAGUCGACCCUUUCAGCAUCCGCGCGGAGACAUAGAAGGAAUCGACGCCAAAAUAUAAAAUGAAGGCAGCAAUUGGUCGCCUAAGACAGAGACACAGAUACCCGCACACAGAAACAACAUAAGUCACGGACAUCACAUACAGGGGGGUCGUGUGUCGAUUGCGAUGAAUGUGUGAUGGCCGGCCGACUGACCGAGGACUGACCGAGAUUGGAUUGGGGGUGGUGGCGAGGAGGGGUUCGUAUGCGCUGUGGACGACGACGCCAACACGCUGCUCCUGGAGGUUACGUGAGGAGACGUUGCUUGCUUCUCACACGUGACCAGAAACCGCCUGCACACACAGAGACAAACCAUUCAUCAAAGGACGCAUGUACACAUGUGACGCGUGUGUGUGUCUCUCACCUGUCUGUAAGGUAGGCAUGUGCAGGGGAUCGAUGGAUGACAAGUAUGUGGGUGGGGGGUGGGUCGGUGAUGGAACGAAAAAAAAAAACUCAGUCAGUUGGUGUGCAGUGCACGCAUGGCAUGGACCCCCCAACUCAGACAGCCAGCCAGCCAGCCACAUAGACAGACAGAAAAUAGACGGACGUGCAGACGGACGAUCGAU